CCUCGUCAACAUGAUUAAUGCCGUGCUAGUGUUCAACAACACAGGACAGCCUCGACUGACCAAGUUCUAUACACAACUUGACACGCAGAUCCAACAAAAACUCAUCAAACAAAUAUACGACCUCGUUUCACAACGCCCUCCCUCAGCAUGCAACUUCCUCCCGCUCCCACCUCUUCUAUCACAAGGCGCCAGCUCCAAAGCAGCCAGCGGUCCCUCCGAUGCACCUACACAAAUCACAUAUCGCACCUAUGCGACACUAUCAUUUAUCAUGAUCUCGACAUCCACGGAAUCUCCAUUGGCGCUCAUUGACUUGAUCCAAGUCUUCGUCGAGGCGCUCGAUAGACUGUUCCAGAACGUCUGCGAGUUGGAUCUUAUAUUCGGGUACGAGACUAUGCAUGCGACACUUAGUGAGAUGAUUAUUGGGGGUGUGGUGGUUGAAACAAAUACAGAUAAGAUUGUGGCUGGCGUAAAAGCGCAAGAGGGCUCGCGAGGGAAGAAGAUUGCUGUUGAUGCUGCCAGUUCGGUUGGGCAACUUAGCAUACCGGGGUUGGGAUCAUGGCGGUGA